AUGAAUCAAUGCUGUGGUGCUCAGGGUGUCGCCCUCACGCCGCUGUACAAACUCAGCACAGCCAACGUCUUUCACACUGACUGUGACCCCAGCGACGACCCCCAGGAUCCUGGGGACGACCCCGACAUGCAGCAGGAGGAGGAGUGGCCGCCCUUCAGGAAGGUGGGCUGCUUCGACCCGUACAGCGACGACCCCAGACUCGGCAUCCAGAAGAUCAGCCUGUGCAAAUACAGCAACAAGCUAGUGGUGGCUGGAACAGCUGGACAGGUGAUCGUGUUGGGUCUGAGUGACGAGCGUUCGGACCACCUGGUGGACGUGUCGGUGGUUGACCUGCUGCAGGACAGAGAGGGCUUCACCUGGAAGGGACACGACCGGCUGGAGCCGCGCCUGAAGCCCGCUCCGUUCCCUCCGGGCUUCCAGCCGCUGGUGCUCGUGCAGUGCCUCCCCCCGGCCUCCGUGACGGCCGUGGCGCUGCAUGCGGAGUGGAACCUCAUUGCCUUUGGCACCAGUCAUGGCUUCGGCCUGUUUGACUAUCACAGGAGGAACGCGGUGCUGGCCCGGUGCACCCUGCACCCGAACGACUCGCUGGCGAUGGAGGGCCCCCUGUCCAGAGUCAAGUCGCUGAAAAAGUCCCUGCGACAGAGCUUCAGGCGCAUCCGCAAGAGCAGAGUGUCUGGGAAGAAACGCACCAUCACGACCCCGACCAGCAAGGUCCAGGAGGCCAACGCCGCCCUCGCGGAGCAGGAGGAGGUGGCUCCGGUGCAGCGGAGGAUCGAACCCCGGUCGGCCGACGACUCGCUGUCAGGAGUGGUCCGGUGCCUCUGCUUCGCGGACACCUUUCUACGCGAUGGCACUCACCACGGCCCCACGCUCUGGGCCGGAACCAACUCCGGCAGCGUGUACGCCUACGCGCUGGAGGUGCCGGGCGUGGGCUCGGGCCGCGCGUCGGAGCGGGGCGGAGCCAGCGAGGGCGCCGUCUGUGUGGAGGCGGUGUUGGGCAAAGAGAUCCAGCUGAUGCACAGGGCCCCUGUGGUGUCCAUCUGUGUGCUGGAUGGCCGGGGGAAACCGCUGCCAGAACCGUACGAGGCCUCUCAGGACCUCGCCAUCGCCCCGGAUAUGACCAACGCGCAUUCGGUCCUCAUCGCGUCCGAGGAGCAGCUCAAGGUCUUCUCGCUGCCCAAGGUGAGCGCCAAGACCAAGUUCAAGCUGACUGCUCACGAAGGCUGUCGGGUGAGGAAGGUGGCGGUGGUGGUGUUCAGCUCCACGGCUCAGCAGGACUACAGCGAGCACACGCUGGUGUGUCUGACCAACCUGGGAGACAUGCACCUGUUCAACGUACCCGCCCUCCGACCACAGGUUCGCUACGACUGCAUCCGUAAGGAAGACAUCAGCGGCAUCGCGUCCUGCGUCUUCACCAGAAACGGACAAGGGUUUUACCUGAUCUCUCCCUCAGAGUACGAGAGGUUCUCGCUGUCGGCCCUGGUCGUCACGGAGCCGCUCUGCUCCGUUCAGUUGGACCGACUGCUGGAACCCACACCUGCCAGCGACGGUUCAUCUGUUCAGCCACAGGCCAACGGUACCCACAAGAGCCAGAUGGGUCAGGCCGAGGGCCAAACAGGAGAGGCGCAGAACAACCUGCCCUCUCCCCUCCUGGACACGCCGCUGGACUCCCCCCUCAGCUGUGCUGACCUCACCCUCGACUCCACCGGAGAAAUCACCGUGGAGGAUGUCAGGGAUUUCCUCACCAACGUGGAUGAGGCAGAAAACAACCUAAAGAACAUUAAGGAGGAGGAGGGGCGCUCGACGGGCAUCCUGAUCAACUGAACAGGCAAGGCCUCGGUGGUCUGGAUGGGCCGGAUUUCAGUGCUGGACCACAAACAUUUCCCAUCGGCCCACUGUGGAGCCCCCCGAGCACACUGCUCUCCCCCGUUAGCGUGGCACAAGCUGAGAAGAAUGCCUCAACGUGACAGACUUCGGCUGCGGCUUCUUCUACUGCGAGAACUAAGUCUGUGUUUUCUGGAAACACGACGAUGCGUGGAUGCACUUGGAUUUGCAAAGAACUUGAGGACUGAACUUUUUCCAUGUGAGUGAACCUCCCAGUCAUUCCUAUAGUGACACCCCAUUUUCCAGCCAUAAUGACUGUAGCUCAGCCGUUGGAGACGGGUUGGGGAUAUUUCUACAUUAUCUUUCUACUCGCAGCUGUUUUGUGGUGUGCUAGACUUCGCGUUUUCCCCAGAGUUGGAACUGGAAAUGGGCUUCGUUGCCAGAUUUACUUCAUUAAUGUUGAAUUGAUUUUUUUUUUUUGCACAUUAUUGGAUGUGAUGAAUGGUUCUGCAUUGUGCUUAGCAACACCACAGCCCUGUGAAUGACCUGUGUUUACAGAAUGAAGAUCCAAAUGGACCACUAGAGUUUAAAGACUAGCAAAGGAAGUAUUUUCAAUAUUUGAGUGUGGUAGGAUUUUAUGUUUCUUCUUGUACAUGUCAGUAAGUGCAGUAGGAUUUGCCUUACCCAAGAUGGUGGCUAGCAUCUUUUCACACAAGCACAUUUACACGAAUGUUACUACAAGUUCUCGAAGGAAGGAAAAGAUAUUGAAAUGAACAAAAUGAGAGAGGGCAAGUCAGUUCCAACCUUUUUUUAAACUCGUGAUUUCGUCGGUGAAGACAUUUUUAUUUGUUGACUUGAAUGUUAUACGUUCUCUUUAUCUCGUGGACGGAUCGAGCUGUCACAGCAGGAUCACAUGGAGGUGUAACGGUACGGGGCAUUCAGUGAUUUCUGUGGUGGUUCAUCUGGCUGCUUUUCAGUCUUCCUGCGCUCUUACUCGUCAUCCGCUGUGGUUUGGCCUUAAGUAACAGUAACACGCUGUGAUUAGAGUUUUAGAAGAAAGUUUCAAUUUUUUAACCAGACUUCUUGCUCUAGUUUGGAAAGUAAAGACAUUGAGAGGAUGACAGUAAAGAACAUGGUAAAAUCCUGUGUGAGCAUUUCGUUGUUUUUGAUGGGACUCAGGGAAGUGAAGCAGGAGAAGCAAAGUCAGUCUUAAUGCUACGUGUAACUGUGAUUUCUGCUUUUGGUUUCUGCAAAUUGGUGCAAUGGAAGUAAUAUAGGCUACACACAGGGCUGCAACCACCAGUAUUUUAACACAUUUUUAAAAGGUUUUACUGUGUAAAAACAAUAUAUUUACAUGAUCUAUCUAGGAUUACAGCAGACAGGUUUGACUGGACGCUGGCGAUAGAGUAAAAUGUUAGUUACUAAGAGGCUUUAGGCUACAGGUUCUAACUCCAUCACCUCCUCUAAAAAUGAAAUAAGUACAAAAGGGACCUCAUUACUAACUAAUGUAAGUGAACAAUUAUAAGUCAAAAACCUUUUCACAGAAAAUUAACCCUUUCAUGCUACAGCUGGCUCGAUUAACCUUAUUUCGAAGUUUACGAUGGAUUAGUUUCUGCUUUGGCAUUCAGUUUGUAUGUAGGAUUGGUCAUUUAGCAUCUCAGCUGAUGAGGAAUUGUGAAUGUUAAUAAUAAAAUUAUUUACUCUACAA